AUGUCCUUCUACAAUCCACUCAGCAUCAUGGCUGCUGAUGCUGCGGAUGCUCUCCUCCCGCACCGCAUCCCAAGACCAUGCCUUCUGCCCCUGGUUCUCCUGAUCCUCACUGCUUUGCCCACACCGACCCGCGGGCUGCUGGGCUUCCGACCGGAGGACACGGGUGGAGAUCUGUCCGUGCAGGACGGGUUGCUGAAAGCGACCGAGGGGACGCGGUUCAUGUUGCGGGUGUACUAUGCAGCAUCCCCGCAGAGGCUCAACCGAACUGUCAGCAGCGGAACAGCCGCGCCGUGGAUCGCGUUCAUAGAGGAACCGGAGUCGGGCAGAGAGGGGCAGGUGCAUCCCAAACAGAACUUGUGCGUGGAAGAGAGCGCCAGGAGUUCGGAUAUCGAGCUGCUCGGGUCUUUCAAGUCCGCCUCAAGCCAAAACUCCAUCCUGGUGAAGCUACUCGCCAAAGACCUCCGCAGAGGAGAGAAUAUCAAAUAUUAUUCCAUGUGCGCCUUUGAUGGGUUCAAGUGGGAGCACUAUAGGACGCGAGAAUUCUGGCUGGCGGUGGUGGAGCGGCGGCCGCAUACGGACGGAUGGUUGCAGGCGGGUCUGUCGGUGCUGCUGCUCGCGUUGUCAGCGCUGUUCAGCGGGCUGGUGAUCAGCAUGCUCGCGCUGGACCCGGUGGAACUCAGAGUGCUGCAGAACAGCGGCACCGAGAAGGAGCAAAAGUACGCGCACAAGAUCGAGUCCGUGCGCAAGCACGGCAACUAUGUCCUCUGCACCUUAGUUCUGUGCAACGUGCUCACCAACACUUUCCUGGUGGUGUGGAUGUGCCAAAUCCUCGGGCUGACGCCUGUCGCCACUGCGGCAUGCACUUUUCUCAUCUUCUUCAUCGGAGAGAUCCUCCCGCAUUCCGUUGCAUCCAGACACGGGCUGGCUAUUGCAUCCAAGACUGUAUGGCUGACCAAGAUGUUGAUGCUGAUCACUUUUCCCAUCACAUACCCCAUCAGUAAAUUACUAGACAAUAUGCUGCACCAGGAAAUCAGUAACUUCUACACCCGUGAGAAGUUACUGGCAAUGCUGCGAGUUACUGACCCAUAUCAUGACCUGGUGAAAGAGGAGCUGAACAUCAUACAGGGAGCUCUGGAACUCAGGACCAAAACGGUGGAAGAUGUUCUGACCCCUCUCAAUGACUGCUUCAUGCUGGCCUCGGAUGCCAUACUGGACUUCUACACAAUGUCAGAUGUGAUGCAGAGUGGGUACACUCGCAUCCCUGUGUUUGAGAAUGAAAGAUCCAAUAUUAUCGAUAUUCUGUUUGUCAAAGAUCUGGCAUUUGUUGAUCCGGAUGAUUGCACCCCGUUAAAAACCAUCACUCAGUUCUACAAGCACCCACUGCACUGUGUCUUUAAUGACACCAAGCUGGAUGCAAUGCUGGAGCAGUUCAAGAAAGGGAAAUCUCAUUUGGCCAUCGUACAAAGAGUGAAUAAUGAGGGAGAAGGAGAUCCUUUCUAUGAGAUCAUGGGCAUUGUCACGCUUGAGGAUGUCAUCGAGGAGAUCAUCAAGUCUGAGAUUGUGGAUGAAACUGACCUUUACACUGAUAACCGUACGAAGAGGAGAGUGUCUCACCAUGAGAGGAAGCUGCAAGAUUUCUCCAUAUUUAAACUGUCCGAGAGUGAAAUGAAGGUCAAAGUUUCACCACAGCUCCUGCUCGCAACACAUCGCUUUCUGGCUACAGAAGUAGAGCCUUUUAAAUCAACGCACCUCUCAGAGAAGAUCCUAUUGCGAUUAAUCAAGCACCCGAGUGUGUUGCAGGAACUGAAGUUUGAUGAGAAAAACAAACGUUCACCAAAGCACUACCUCUUCCAGCGCAACAAGCCAGUGGAUUAUUUCAUCCUCAUAUUGCAGGGUCGAGUGGAGGUAGAGAUUAGUAAAGAGGGACUAAAGUUUGAAAAUGGUCCCUUCACAUACUAUGGCUUACCUGCUAUCAUGACCAUCUUACCAACAGUCCACAGAUCACCAUCAAGGAGCAGUGGUUUAAAUAAUUCGGAUACUACGAUCCAUGGCGGCAGCCUGGGUCAACUGAGUAUAAGUGGUGGACCGUAUUUACCAGACUACACAAUACGUCAGCUCACCGAUCUACAGAUCAUUAAGAUCACUCGUAACCAUUAUCAGAAUGCCCUGACAGCGACACGCAUGGACAGCUCUCCUCAAUCGCCUGACUCAGACACCCAUGUGCCCGGGGAGAGAAUGACCAUCCCAGAGACACGUUCUAACAGCAUCGCCCUUCCCCUGACAGAACGACGGCCCUGUCUGACCCGUUUCCACCAGCACAGUCACCUCUACAGACAGCCAGACAGCACCACAACACUUAACAAGAGAAACCGCAUUGUUCGAAGUAAGUCAGAUGGACAGAAAAGCCCCAGUGAUUCUGUGUUCCUGCGAAUGGAUGACAUCCCAUACAUAAGAGAAAAUCUUUUGGAGAGAAAAGAAGGAAAAAAUGCUUUGGCCAUACCCAUGGAAACAGACCUGUCUACAUCGCAGCUCAUCAGCUCUCACUCUUUGGCCAGCUCAGAUGAGAACCCAGGGAAAAAACUGCUGCGGAAACUGAGCAACAACAAACAAAAGAGGUCUCGUGAUGGAGACAAACCUCUGGAAGACAAUCUUGAACAUUCACAGGUCAAGACCUAGCAUUUAAUGUGUGGGUUUGCUUCUCUCUCUCACUCUCUCCUUCUUCUCCCACAAAUGUGAAAUAUUCUCCAGCCUUCCUCUGGAUAUUGAGUGAGAAAAAGCACAACCCAAUCUACACAGUUCAACAGAUGUAGCAUCAUGAAACCUUGCCAUCAGCAUUGCAGUGGACUCCAACACCAGGUAGAUGCUCAAUACCAGAGGAAUACACUGUUGCAACAAGCCCGAAAUUUCCACCAUCAGGCCUCAAACAUGCAGCAAUAUACAUUUGAUUAUUUUUAAUUUUUUAAUUGAUGAGAGUUGACAUAUUACAGUUUUGAUGGCAGUUUAUAAUGAUGUCAUCUCUAGUCACUGUGGUAAUGACGCUCUGACCUCUGACCCUGGCAAAUCCAGCAAGCACAAGCCUGGAGACAAAAAAACAACCAUCUGACCACUGAGAGAACAGAGCAUCGAGUACAUCACAUGAUAUGGUCAUCUUUUGUUAAUUAUCUGGAAUUAAUUGACAAAGUGUUAAUUGUGUGGUUUUUAUAUUAUAUUAGCUGAGAGAUAUAUGUCAGGCUGUGCCUGGAAAUCAGUCAAGAGAAUUUAUUGACAUCAAAGCACUUUGCGAUA